GGAGUUUCUGAUCUCACCAACAUCUCUUGGCAUACCUAACUCUAGGCUCCGAUACUUCCUCAUUGCAAAGAGACCACCAGGAUCCUUCUCAUUCCCAACUUCAGCAGAGAUUAUAGAGGGCUUCCCCAUGUCUGAAUCCCCAAACAGUCUCACUGUUCCACACAGUCACCCUACAUCAUCUGAGUGUGAGAGAGAAAAGACUGGGAUGAUCAUUUUUAAGCUGGAGACAGAACAAGAGUUGGAAAGGAAGAGGAUCCAGGACAGUCAGGAAACAGUCCGGAGGCUGCAGGACUUCCUGCAGGAGGAUGAAGAAGGCAUGGAUCAGUAUCUGCUGCCCCCCAAAACUCUGCUCAGAUACGCAUUACUGAUGGAUGUAGUUCAGCCCAGCAGCAGGAGAUCAGUCUGCUUCACUAAAGGGUGUUAUGUAUGA